AUGUCAACCACGCUGAAUCUUUCAAAACAGAAGAUUAUUGAUAUUAGCAAAGGACUUGGAAUAGCCAAUGCUGAUAUAAUCUUCAACGGACAAACAAAAUUUACUCAAAUGCUCGACCUCGUAUUUAAAUUUGUCCAAAUGUUAGUAGAAUACCCAGAGCACGCAUACAAAUUACCAAAAUUCGCAUUAAGACCUGAACCUAUACCAGAUACCUUUGCACAAGGUAUAGAUUUCUUGAAUAAGAGUCUUUUACUAAAACAUCUAACAAAUGAACUUAACCUUAACUCUUUCGGAAUCAAAAACUACCAUGAUGAGAAAUUUUUAACAAAAUUCUUUUCAAACAUCAUUAAUCUUGGAAGAUUUAAUGAAUCAUACAUCAAAGCAGAACAAAAUGCUGCACGUGAAAGGAUGGCAAUUGUUACAGAUGAAUUAAAUCAAAUUGAAAUUAAAUGGAAACAAACACUUGAAGAAGAACAAAGAAAACAACAAUUAUUAACAGAAAUGGACGCUGAGGAUAUUGAUAAUAAGUAUGAAUCGCUAAUUACUGCAAUCGAUAAGCAACAAAAGAAGAAUGAAGCAUUACAACAAAAGAUUGAUCGUCAAAAUAUUGAAUUACAAUCAAAAAAGAAUCAAAUCCAAGAAAAUAAUGAUGAAAUAGAGAGAUUGACAAAUGCUAUUAAAUCUUUAGAUGAUAUUCUUAAUGUUAAGCCUGAUGAAGAACGUCAAAGACUAGAAAAAGAGCAAUCAAACUUAGAACUUGCACUAAGGACAUCUAAAUCAUUAGAAGAUGAAAAAGCUAAAGUUCAGCAAGAAUUAGAUUCAUUCAACGAGUUCUACAACUUAUUAUUUACGAAUAUGCCAGAUUUCCAAAAAUAUGGAGAAAAUGCAAGCAAAAAGAAACAAGUAGAUAUGCUUCAAGAUCAAAUUGCAAGAAGAAGAGAAGAUAUGAAUAAUUUACAGCAGGCAAUCCAAGAAAUGCAAAAGAAAAAAGAUGCUAUAUAUGAAAUAGAUAAUAAGACUGCAGCUGAAGCGAAAAAUAUUAGUGAGCAGAUUCAAAAUGCAAAGAAGAAGCUCAGAAUGGCCAAAGAAAAGCAUAAAAAAGAAUUGGCAAAUUAUCGUUAUCAAAUUGAUGAUGUAAGAAGCCAAUUAGAUGCUUUUAACAGAGAACUUUGGAAGAUGAUGAAUGAAAUCGAUCAACAGGACAAAGAGUCUGUUGAAGUCUAA